GGUUUGCGGGGAUGUUGCUAUGCGAUGUGGAGUGGAGCUGUUGAUAUGUUGGCCGGACCCUGGCGGAUUUCACACAGCAGCUGGAGGCUGGUGUGAGGAAGCGGCGCUGUCAUGGCGUCCGGACCAGGCUCGGUGCCCGCGGUUCAGCCUGGCGUGGGCCCUGCUGGCACUGACCGGCUCUUCCGGAAGCCCAGAGACCUGACGGGCUCAUCUACACACUACAGACCCCCGCGCUGUCUCCCUGACGUCUGCCCCAAGGAGCCUACAGGUGAGGUGCGGGGGCUGAGUGACGCUCCAUCAUUGGUGGCGGAUCAGCACCGAUGGACAGUAUAUAACUCUAAGGUAAACCUCCCGGCGGCGCUGAACGACCCGCGGCUGGCCAAGCGCGAGUCCGACUUCUUCACCAAGACCUGGGGGGUGGACUUCACCGAGGGGGAGGUGCUGCCCUCGUACAGCCUGCCCAACAUCACCGCUGAACACUUCAGCACGUAUCUGAGUGAUACUGCUCAGAGGGAGAAAAUCCACAAGCGGUGUAAAAACAUCUGCCCCAAUAAAGACGACCUGUCCAUCCCCAACAUCACAAACAAUCACGAUAAAGCCAAAGAGGAGCUUGAGCAGGUGCCCAAGAUCUUCAUGAGGCCUGACUUCAUACUGAGCGAACCGGCCACCUUCAGUGCCGUGUUGCCAUGGUCGCACUUCAGCGUCGCCGGGGGGAAGAGCAGCCGGGAUGCCGCGUCGUCACGGUUACUGCAGGAGAAAUUGAGUCACUACCUGGACGUGGUGGAGGUGAGCAUCGCUAGACAGAUCUCUCUGCGCUCCGAGGCGUUCUUCCACGCCAUGUCGUCUCAGCGCGAGCUCCAGGAGCAGCUGUGCGAGGCGGCUGGCGCCGUAAGGGCGCUGCGGGAACACACGGCCGGCUUGGGACGCACCAUGAGCCGCGGGCCUCUGCAGGCGCUGCGGCACACGGUCACGCGCAGGAACUGCGUCACGCUGCACAGUAAACUGAAGCUGAUGGCGGCGGUGCAGCAGACGCAGCCCACCGUGCAGCUGCUGCUCUCCACCUCGGAGUUCGUGGGCGCACUGGAGCUCAUCAACACCACCAAGGAGGUGCUGCAGCAAGAGCUCCAGGGCAUCCACAGUUUCAGACACCUGGGCUCUCAGCUGUGUGAAAUGGAGAAGCUGAUCGAUAAGAUGAUGGUGGCCGAUUUCACCACGUACUCCAGGAGCGACCUCAACCGAGCCUUCGAGGACGACAACCAAGUACUGGAGAAGGACCGGCUCCAGUCUCUGGUCUUUGGCCUGCUGAGACAGAGGAAGCUGGAUUUCCUGGACAUCUACAGCGAGGAGAUGAUGCAAGCAGCCAAGGGCAUCGUCAGACAGUGUGUGAUAAAGGCGGUGUCUCAGAUUGAGGAGAUCGACACGGACACCGUCGUCAAGCUGCAGGAUCAGAUGAGGCUGAUGAUGUUUGCUCAGUGGUUUGAGCUCCUGCAGAACAUCUUCGAGUAUUUCCUGCUCUUCCUCACCAGGAUCAAAGCCACUCUCGGCAUGAUCCGGAACGUGGUCCUGGAAGUCCUCGACAGCAGCCAGAGGAACCGAGCGGCCGACGCGUGUCCGCUCGCCGACGGCGGCUCCGUGGAGAACGAAGACGAGGAGGAGGAGGACGAAUCGGGUCUCCGUCCCGGAGAAGCCGAGCUCGCCUUCCUGACACACGAGGGGCUGUUUAUCAGCGACGCGAUAAGCGAAGCCGAACGCCGCAGCAACGGUGCGUCGUCUCAAACCAGAGCGCAGGCGAAAGAGGAAGCUUCAGGAAGCGACUCGGCCUCGGGCACUACGGAGUCAUCCUCCAGCAGGGAGCACAUCACAAACACUACCUCCUCCCUGCCCACAGGGGGCGCCGCCGCUGCACUUGAGGAUCUAAUGCCGUCUGAACUGGAGCUGGGCAGAAUCGCCAACAGCAUCCAGGAGCUGCUGUACACUGCUUCAGAUAUUAGCCACGACCGCUGUGUUAAAGUCGUGCUGGCUAAGGCCAAGGACGGUUCUCUGGAGCGUCUGAGCUCGGCGGAGUUUGUGUGUAUGAGCCGAGCGGUGGAAGCCUUUGCCAAGGACACCGAGGCUCUGUGCUGCAGGAGGAGUGCGAGUCUGCGGGGGGCGCUGCAGAGUCAGGCCAACCGCUUCGUCCACCGCUUCCACGACGAGCGCAAGACCAAGCUCAGUUUGUUGUUGGACACAGAAAGGUGGAAGCAGGCUGAAGUUCCUGCUGAAUUCCAGCACCUGGUCGACUCCAUCGCUGACGGACACAUCACACUGCCCGAACGCAAACCAGCAGGUCCAGAAGAGAAGAAGCCAAAUGACUUCCUGCUGGUUGAUGGGCAGAAAUACGCUGUCGUUGGGACGGUGCUGCUGCUGAUCCGGAUGUUUCUGGAAUACUGCCAGUGCGUCAACGACAUCCCGUCUAUCACCACCGACAUGCUGACACGCCUCUCAGACCUCCUCAAGCACUUCAAUUCCCGUAGCUGUCAGCUGGUGCUCGGGGCUGGAGCUCUGCAAGUGGUGGGACUAAAGACCAUCACCACCAAGAACCUGGCUCUGGUGUCUCGGUGUCUGCAGCUGGUUGUUCACUACAUCCCCAUCAUCCGAGCGCACUUUGAGACCAAACUCCAACCCAAACAGUACAGCAUCCUGCGCCACUUUGACCACAUCACCAAGGACUAUAAUGAUCAUAUAGCUGAGAUCUCUGCGAAGCUGGUGGCGAUCAUGGACAGUCUGUUUGAGAAAGCACUCUUCAAGUAUGAAGUAAAGGCCCCGAUGCCGUCAUUGUGUUUCCGUAAUUUGUGUAAGCAGAUGGCCAAAAUGCAUGAAGCCAUCCAUGAGCUCCUCCCCGAGGAACAGACUCAGAUGCUGUUUCUGAGGAUCAACACAAGCUUUAAGCUUCACCUGAAGAGGCAGCUAGCUCGGCUCGGGGUGGUGAACGAUGGCGGACCACAGCAUGGGUUGAUGGUGGUGGACGUGGCCUUCUACACGGAGAACAUUCAGGCUCUGCGCUCUCUCGAGCAGUUGGACCUAAACAUGCCUGAGAUCUGGGAGCAGAAGAGGUGAUGACGGAUAGCCGGGCCCAGCCAAUCGGGUCUUUCCAUCUCCUCCGGUCGCUUACGACGACCUGCCCUGCUCCGCCCCCUCUCCUUCUCACUUCCUCCUCUUCUUUCUGGAGGGCAUGAGGUCAGAGGUCGCACAGAAAGUGAGCGAGACUGCUCCAUAAACACACUUUAUACCUCCUCAUCUCAAACUGCUUUUAUUUUCCGGAACGAUCCAGAGCAUUAAAGCAUCACACUCUCACUUCCAAGUGACCAAUCGGGAUAAGCUAAGGGAUGCUCGGUGGGCGGGAACUUUUUCUUCUUCGGUUUGGUUUAAAGCUCAGUGCCUCAUCGUGUGCCGUCGACGCGGCGCAGCUCGACGCUCGUGUGCAAUCCUGUCAGAUGAUUAUUGAUUAUGAAAUGGAGAAUAAAUUAUGAUUUUGUUUUGAUGUUUAUAUAUGCACCAGUGGGUUUAAAAAUGUAAACUCGGAUAACUUAUUUUCUUCUUCUGGUCCUGAUUUUAGUGAGCGAAUAAUUUUUUUUUUUUUUGGUUACUGAUUAUAACGAGAGCUUAUAAGAGAAGUGAGCAUGUUUAAUUCAGGUGUUCUUGAAUGUCAUUAAAACCCUUUACCCUUCCAGUAUUUUUGCGCAGAGGCGGAGCUUCUCCUCCCGCCCCUCCAGAAGCUUCCGGCUGGAAGUCAUGAGACACCUUAAUGAGUUGGUUUUAUUUUUUCUUCUUCUUCCAUUUUGGAGCCAGCUGCUUCAAGUCCUUAUAUGACCAGGCCACAUUUUUACUAAGAAAUAACCGUGUGCAGGAAUCAGCCGUCAAUCUCAUAAGUCGUCAUAAAUUUUAGCACCCUCUCCUGGGUCACGUUGUAUACGCACGAAGCUAAUUUUUGACGAUAAACUAGUAGAACUGGACGCGUUAACGAGGAAGCGUGCUAAUUUGUACGCUUCAAAUGUACUAAAAACUAAUGGCGAAAUCCUAGAGCCUGAGACGACUUUCUAAACGAGGCAGCUUUACCGUAAGCAUGCACAAGCGGUCUUCUGUUUGGAGCACUACUGUUUAUUGCGGUGCUGACAAAUCCAAAUGGGUUCUUGUCCUUUUAAAAUAAAUUCAUCUGUCUAUUUUAAAAGUUCCAUCUGUAUCAGUCUUUAACAUGCUGCUCUGUGAGAACCUGAGGAGUAACUUGCCUUCCUAACAAACACCUGGCUGCGGCUACUAGGGGUGAUCAGGAGGAGGCGUGGCCUUGCAGUCCUCAAAUCAAUAAAUUUGCAUACUCAACCCACUUGUAUUGCAUUCCAUUCUGUAUUACAUCACAGCCAUGUUUUAUAGGCCGACCUCCUCAGCUCACCAAUCAGAAGACAGACAUGCUGUUAAUGGACUUUAUUAUAUUUUGGGAAUGUUUUAUACAAUCAUGAGCUAUUUCAGUUGGGGGGGGGGGGGGGAGACCCACACUAAUAAUAAAACAUGGACUGGGCAUUACUGGGACUUUAGAGAUGUUUUUGUUUUCCACCUCUGAUGGUCAUAGCAUUUAAAAAAAAAAAGCAGUACCAAGUGUGUGAACACUCACCCAGGUUUAACCACAGCACUGUCUCGGUCAAAAGUGCCUACUUUUGAUUUACCAUCAAAGACUACUUCUCUUCAGACCCACUUACAGCUGUGAGUGAGUGAGCGAGAGACAUCUGUAAGACUUUGGGAGAAAUCUGAUGGCAUGCUCGAUUGUUGUUUUUUUUUUUUUAAUGGAAAAGUGACUUUGAAUAAACCCAACCUGUAAAUGGUUAACAUUUAU